GGCCGGGGGCGGGGAGGAGUCGAGGGGGUUCAGACCGAGCUCGGCCGCUGGGUGGGUCGGGGCGUCCGGCGCGCCCUUCAUUGAAGCGGCGGUGGCCGGGCUGGGCGCCGGGAGUGGGAAGCGGCGGCGCGGCUGGAAAAUGCCAGUCCACUCCCGAGGGGAUAAGAAGGAGACGAACCAUCACGAUGAGAUGGAGGUGGACUACGCCGAAAACGAAGGGAGCAGCUCGGAGGACGAGGACACGGAGAGCUCGUCGGUCUCCGAGGAUGGAGACAGCUCAGAAAUGGAUGAUGAAGACUGUGAAAGAAGAAGAAUGGAAUGUUUAGAUGAAAUGUCCAAUCUUGAAAAACAGUUCACCGAUCUCAAGGAUCAACUUUAUAAAGAACGAUUAAGUCAGGUGGAUGCAAAACUACAAGAAGUCAUAGCUGGAAAAGCACCAGAAUAUUUGGAACCACUGGCAACUUUACAAGAAAAUAUGCAAAUUCGUACAAAGGUAGCAGGAAUCUAUAGAGAGCUCUGCCUAGAAUCUGUAAAGAACAAAUAUGAAUGUGAAAUUCAAGCUUCUCGCCAGCAUUGUGAGAGUGAAAAGCUUUUGUUAUAUGAUACAGUGCAGAGUGAACUGGAGGAGAAGAUAAGGAGGCUGGAGGAGGACAGGCACAGCAUUGAUAUCACCUCAGAGCUGUGGAAUGAUGAGCUCCAGUCAAGAAAAAAGAGGAAGGAUCCUUUCAGUCCUGACAAGAAGAAGCCAGUUGUGGUUUCAGGUCCAUAUAUAGUUUAUAUGCUACAAGAUCUUGAUAUUCUUGAAGACUGGACAACAAUUAGGAAGGCAAUGGCUACAUUGGGUCCACACAGAGUAAAAACAGAACUUUUUGAACUGAUCCCUUUAGCACCUGUGAAACUGGAAAAACAUCUACACAGUGCUAGAUCUGAAGAGGGAAGAUUGUAUUAUGAUGGUGAAUGGUAUAUACGUGGACAAACGAUAUGUAUUGAUAAAAAGGAUGAAUGUCCUACAAGUGCCGUAAUUACAACAAUUAACCAUGAUGAAGUUUGGUUUAAGAGGCCUGAUGGAAGCAAAUCUAAGCUUUACAUUUCACAGCUACAGAAAGGAAAAUAUUCAAUUAAACAUUCAUAAUCAUGAUUUAAGUGUUAUCUAAAGCUACCUUUUUAGUGUUACCGAGUGUGAUGUGCCAUGGGAGUAAAAGACGUAUUCAAUAACUUAAUAUUCUCGUUGACUCGUGAGAGACUGUGUAUUUGUAGGUAGUGCUCUAAGUAGACCUCAUGUUGAUAUGUUAUUAUGAGACAGUAAUAAAAGUUUAAUCAUGAUUAUUGCAUUUAUUUGCCUUUUAGGUCCAAUGACCAAUAGGUAUAUAUGGUAGGGGUUUCUUACUGAACUUUUUUUUGUUUUUUAAAAACAUUAUGCAAAUCUGUCUUGUCUUUAGUGAACUCUGUUGCUAAAUGGCUGCAUUUGUCUGCAAUUUCUUUGAUUUUCCAUAUCUUUGUCACUCAUCGUGUUUGUAAAUAAGCCUGAUAAAAUGUUUCCUAUAAAUGGUUUGUACUAGUACAUUCGUGUUAAAUCAGAACAGAAAUUUAAACAUAUAUACGUGAGUAUGUACAUUCGGCAUCAUCAGCUUGUUUAGAACUGAUGGCCUUACUCUACAAUCUUGUUUUACCCCAAAUUAAGCUCUUGGGUUUGAAAGCUAAAAGGAGCACUUUUUGUAGACUAGCAGCUUCCCUCUCCUCUUCCUUGACUGUACGGUGUUGACCUAUCUUUACAAAUUACACUGAGUGUUAAUUAGUAAUAUUAGUGUCAAGUAAUAACAUGCUUCUACCUGUUUCCCGUGAGCCUUCGGAGGGCAGGUUUUUAUGCCUGGUAUUUAUGAUGCGGUAGUAAGUGGUGGGCAGUAACUGACAGUAUUGUGGUGCUUGCUAUACAUGUCUGAUCUUUUGAAACAGAUUUUUAGCAAGCAUUUUCUAGAGGUAAAACUAGGUUCUUAUCCUAAUUUUAUUCCCUAGGGCAAGAUAGACAGGGAUAGUGUCCUUGAAUCUAUUCCCAGAUCUUUGGUGUUUCUACACUUUAAGGCCACUUAGUGCAAUUUAGGAAUCAUUGGCCUCUCUUCCCUUAGCCACAUUCAAAAUUAACUUCUAAAACCUCAGGAACAGUACGAAGAAUCGAAACCCUCACUAUGGCAGCACAAUUGGCUGUAGUAUCUAUUAGGGGACAACCAAAUCAAGUAUUCCUGGUGGUCUUGUGCACUUUAAUUUCUGUUCUAGUGAGACUUAAGAGGAUGAGGAAGAGAUCUACUUAUUAACACUUAGGGCAGGAAUAUCUGCAUUAUUCCGUUUGUUUUCUUACUAUUUUACCUCUGCAAACAUUUUUCUGUGCAGAUCACUACUUCACAGUUGCCAAAUGUUAAAAUAUUUGACUUCUGACAUUCGUUAUCAGCAAAGUUAUGUACGUUGUUCUAUUUCUAAUUAACCUUAGCAAAUGUACAUAAUGUCAUAAUCCAAUAGUAUUUGACAGUACUUAUGUAUACAAUGUUUCAUAAGCAUUUUUAAUAAGAUUUGUAUUUUUAAAUUUAGUAUAUAAUAAAAAGAUGUGUUUGAGUGUCA